CCCCCCUCUCCCCUGGCUCCUCUCUCCUCGCCCCGCUCGCGGCUCUGACCCAGCCGCGCGGGGGGUGGGGCGCGCGUAGCAGCGGCGAAUGCCAAUGUUCUGGCGCAGCCGCGCGGAGAAGCUGAACGACGAGCAGGACGACGGGCCGAGCUUCUCCUCGUCGCCCGCGCUGGCGCAGCCGCCGCCGCAGCCACUGGCGCAGCCGCCAGCGGCCGCUCCGGCGCCCGCCGGGCCCACGUGCAGCUGCAAGGAGUUCAAGGCCACGGGCACCUGCAGGCACCUGCCGCCGCCGAUGCCCGCCGACCUGGCCGCGCCGCAGGCGCCGCCGCCCGCCGCGGCCUCGGGAGGCGCCGCGUCGCCGGAGCUGCCCGGAGGUGAGCCGCCCGGCGACGCCGAGAAGAAGAAAAAAAAGAAGCACAAGAAGCACGCCGAGCAGGACGCCCUCGAAGGC